AAUACUGUAAAAGUGGAGGUGCCAGGGUGGGGCCUUUGCGUUGUUACUUCAGUUCAACUUCAGUAGUUACAGUCCGUACAGCGUAGACCGAACCAUGAACUCUUUAAGUAGUGUGACCCUAUUGGUCCUGUCGGCCAUAUUUUCCACUUGUACGAGUUUAUCAAUUUCACCACAUGGACCAGUGCUUUUGGGAGCACCGCAAUGUCCGGAUUUAUAUGGCGAACAAGCGUAUCCACAUCCGGACAGUUGUAACGCCUUUUUCUUGUGCACAAAUGGCAGUUUGACCCUGGAGCAUUGUGAAAAUGGUCUUCUAUUCGACGGUCAUGGCAACGUUCACCAACACUGCAAUUAUCACUGGGGAGUUGAUUGUGGUCAUCGCAAAUUCGAUUUGACACCAUUGAGUUCUCCAGGAUGUGAAUAUCAAUUUGGAAUGUAUCCCGACAGUGAUUCUUGCAGUCAAACCUACAUAAAAUGCGUGCACGGUGAACCACGUCAGGAGCAUUGUGAUGCAGGUUUAGUUUACGAUGACAAAUCACACACAUGCGUUUGGCCCGAUCAAAUGAUUCCAUUCUGUAAUCCCGAGCAAGUCAUUGGAUUUAAGUGCCCGAAAAAAGUACCAGCUCACACUGCCGCUGCUAAAUUCUGGCCAUUCCCAAGAUUUCCAGUUCCUGGUGAUUGUGGAAGAUUAAUUACAUGCGUCGAAGGCCACCCACGACUUAUCACCUGUGGCGAUGGAAAACUUUUUGAUUCCGAGACUCUAAGUUGUUUGGAACCGGACGAACUUCCACACUGUGCCAAUAAUCUUUAAAAAUGAAGAGAAAACAAACUAAAUCGGAGCUCCAACAGCAAAAAUCAUAAACUCUGAGGAAAAACCACAGCAGUCUUUCGAAAUUCCUUUUUUCAACUUGUAAAUAAAUUCCUGUCACAUAGAACAAUUUAUAAUAUAGAACGAAUUUGUCUCUAUUUAUGUUUAUAAAAAAAACUAUUUAAAUGAAAAUGCAAAUAUUUUUAUAUAAUAUAUUUUUUUCAAUAAUAAAUUUUCUCCCUUUAA